UCUCGAGGAAACACCGGGGAGGCAGCGCUCGUCCACAGCCGGUCUGAGUUCGACUGGGUUUACGUACAGCUACCUCCGGUUCUCUGUCUUACAUCCGCCCCGUCCCAUUUCCGCUCCUCGUCUUGUCGCCUCCUUGUCUUUCGGUCUCCAUUUUCCAGCGGAUCUUGCUUCGAGAGGCAGUAGUCGUCUCCCUUCGGCCUUUUCUUCUCUCUCCGUAUGGCCGCGAAUAUGUACCGUGUUGGAGAUUAUGUCUACUUUGAAAACUCUUCAAGUAAUCCAUAUUUGAUACGCAGAAUAGAAGAACUCAAUAAGACAGCCAAUGGAAAUGUGGAGGCAAAGGUGGUGUGUUUCUAUAGACGUAGGGAUAUUUCAAACACUUUAAUUGUAUUGGCUGACAAACAUGCAAGAGAAAUGGAAGAAGAGAUGGAAAACCCAGAAAUGAUGGAUUUACCUGAGAAACAGAAACACCAGUUGCGACAUCGAGAACUGUUUCUCUCACGGCAGUUGGAAUCUUUGCCAGCCACUCACAUUAGAGGCAAAUGCAGUGUUACUUUAUUAAAUGAAACAGAAUCUCUUAAAUCCUAUCUAGAAUGUGAGGACUUCUUUUUUUAUUCACUAGUGUAUGAUCCACAACAGAAGACUCUUCUAGCUGAUAAAGGAGAGAUCAGGGUUGGGAACAGAUACCAAGCUGAUAUAACUGAUUUCCUGAAAGAAGGUGAGGAUGAUGGCAGAGACCAAUCAAAACUUGAAACAAAAGUUUGGGACACAUUUAACCCACUAAUAGACAAACAAAUAGACCAAUUCCUUAUAAUAGCACGCUCUGUGGGUACAUUUGCACGUGCUCUAGAUUGUAGCAGUUCUGUUCGGCAGCCAAGCUUACAUAUGAGUGCUGCAGCAGCUUCUAGAGACAUCACACUGUUCCAUGCUAUGGAUACUUUGCAUAAGAAUGUCUAUGACAUUUCCAAGGCAAUCUCUGCCCUUGUGCCACAGGGUGGGCCUGUUUUAUGCAGGGAUGAGAUGGAGGAGUGGUCUGCUUCUGAAGCAAAUCUCUUUGAAGAAGCCCUUGAAAAAUAUGGAAAGGAUUUCACUGAUAUUCAGCAAGAUUUUCUUCCAUGGAAGUCCUUAACCAGCAUAAUUGAGUAUUACUACAUGUGGAAAACCACAGAUCGAUAUGUUCAACAGAAACGAUUAAAAGCUGCAGAAGCAGAAAGCAAGCUAAAGCAAGUAUAUGUUCCUAAUUAUAACAAACCAAAUCCCAACCAGAUCAGUGUAAACAGCAUUAAACCAAGAAUGAUGAAUGGUACAGGAAUACAGCCACAAACACAGAAUAUGGGAACAGGCCGUGCUUGUGAAAGCUGCUAUAUUACACAGUCUCACCAAUGGUAUUCUUGGGGUCCUCCUAACAUGCAAUGUCGUCUUUGUAUAUCUUGCUGGACAUACUGGAAGAAAUAUGGUGGCUUGAAAAUGCCAACACGGCUAGAUGGAGAGCGACCAGGUCCAAACCGCAAUAAUGUGAGUCCUCAUACUGGACCCAUAAGAAACAACGGGAGCCCUAAGUUUGCUAUGAAAACACGACAGGCUUUCUAUUUACACACAACCAAACUAACCAGGCUUGCCCGACGUUUAUGUAGAGACAUCUUGCGUCCAUGGCAUGCAGCAAGACAUCCUCAUGUGACUAUCAACAGUGCAGCAAUCAAAGCAGAAUGUGCAGCUCGUUUACCAGAAGCUUCAGAAAAUUUAUUGUCAAAGCAAGUUGUUAGAAAACCUUUAGAAGCAGUGCUUCAGUAUCUAGAGUCUCAUCCCUGUCCUCUGAAACCUGAUCCUACUAAGAGUUUAUCUGGCUCCCUCAACAGUGUGCCUUACAAGUUUGCUUCAGUGAUUAACAAUGGAUCUCCAACUAUCUUAGGAAAAAGAAGUUAUGAACAGCACAAUGGGAUGGAUGGCAACAUGAAGAAGCGCCUUUUAAUGCCUAGCAGGGGUCUGCCUAACCAUGGACAAAACAGACAAAUGGGACCAAGUCGAAACUUACUGCUCAAUGGGAAAUCAUACCCAACAAAAAUCCGGUUAAUCCGUGGUGGAACCAUAUUGCCAGUGAAAAGGAAGAAGAUGAAUUGGAUUGAUGCUCCUGAUGAUGUUUUCUUUGUAUCCACUGAGGAAAUCAGAACUGAUUUUAGGAGGAGCCUUAUCUGGGCUCAGAAGCUAAGUAGAGUUGAGCUUGGGAAAUACUUGAAUGGGAAACUACCAGGAAAUACUAGAGUUGUGGAGUAUGAAAUUAAUAAGCAUCCCAGAAGAAGACACUGACAAAUCACAACCAUAUGGUUGUCAAGAAAACUGAACGGACGUUUUUAUGAAGUCACCUGGAAUCAAGCUCAACUUAAAGGAAAUUUUACUUCCUUUAAUCAAUUCAUCUAUCAUAUACAUAGAAUCAUAGAAUAUGGCUUUGGAGAUUAUCUAAUCCAGUCUCCUGCUCAUAGCAUCCCUGAUCUCUGUUUAAAUAUCUCUGCUGUAGGAGAAUCCACUACCUCCUGAGGCAAUCUCUUCCAUAGUUGAUCAGCAGUUACUGUUAGAAAAAAAUUUCUGAUGUUCAGCUGAAGUCUAUUUCUUUAUAAUGUAAACUCAGUAUCUCUUGUCCUGUUUUCUGGAACAACACUGAACAGUUCUGUUUGUCUUCUACCUGACAGCCCUUAAUUACAGCUGUUUCUCCUCACAGUUUUUCCCCUCCAGGCUAAACAUGUCUCCAACCAUUCCUCCCUUCUGUUUUUCCUUCCAGCCACUGUGGUUGCUCUCUUCUCCCCAGUUUGUCAAUGAUCUUCAUAAAAUGCAAUAGCCAAUGCAAAAUAAAGACAAAUUAUGAUUUCUGUGGAUCUUAUUAUUGAGUCUGUUGAUGCAACCUAGGACAACAUUUACUUUUUCUGCAACUGCAUCACAUUAUUGGGUCAUAUUUAGCUUGUGACCUAUCAAAAUAACCAGUACUUCCUUUUAGUAUGUACUGCUGCUCAGUAUGGCCCGCCCAUCUUAUAUUCAUGUUUUUAGUUUAUUUUUAAUCCAAAUGUCAGAUGUUACAUUUGUAAUUGUUGAAAUUAAUCUUGUUGGCCCAUUGUUCCAGCCUCUCAAGAUCCUCCUGAACCUUGUUAUUGUCUUCCAAAGUGUUUGCUAUUCCCUCUACUUGUGUUGUUGUUGUUGUUG